AUGGCUUCUAUCACUGCUGAAUCCAAUGCUUCUACAAUGCCCUUGUUGCACAAUCCACUUUCUCCCUCUAUCGUCUGCCAAUCAUGCCAUACAAAGAAGAUGCAGAUUUAUAUUGGCGAACAGAGCAACAGGAGGAGGGAAAAGGGAAGAAGUUUGGCACCAAUACCCAGAUCCAUUGAAAUUGCCCAGGUUUGCUUGUCUCAAUCAAAUCCUCAUCGUCAACAUCAUCUAACCCUCAUCUUCCAAACCCUAAAAUCCCCAAAUGAUGUUGAAGCUCUUCGAAGCCUGAUGGAGAUUCAAAUAAAAAAUCAGAAAGUCCACGAAGCCAUAAGUAUUAUUGAAAGGUUGAGUGAACUUGAGCCCAGUGACAUUGAAUGGCCAUUUUUGAGAGCCCACAUGCAUUGCUACGGUGGAGAGACUGAGUUGGCCGAAAGUAGGUUCAAUGAAAUAAUCGAUAAAGACCCUUUUUGUGUCGAGGCUUAUCACGGGUUAGUAUUACCAGCUUCUCAGGAGGAUUCAGACUAG